CCAGUACCGAUAAAUCAAUCACCAACCUACUCCCGUCAUGACGAUUCCGUAUCCGUGCUCGGUACUACUAGUACCAGCCCAUCCCAGCGCCAGCAGUUAUUAUUGUACACGCUAGCCAUAUCAUGGAUGAUUCUAUUUUAUUCCAUUCCGAUUCCGAGUCCCGAUUUGCUUGAAUACAGCAUGCUACUGCGCAAUUCCGAAGGGUCCGAAAAUAACAAUGCAAUCGAUGGUGCAUGUGUUUAUGGGGUUGGGUUUGGUCCGGCACGAAGAUAUCUAGAUACGAGAUUGGGAAAUGGGGGGAGGCCAAGGCGUGGAAAUGGAAAUGGAAAAAAUUGUUUUGAAAGAAUAAUUCCUAGCAACGAACCAAGGGUCCUCUUUUUUCUUCCUCUUAUUAUCUAUCAUCUUUGCCAUAGGUGCGGCGGAGGACUUUAUUCGUACGGUACGACAAGUUUCGCGUUGUCGGUGUUGAACGAUUCGAGAUUCAUGGGUGUUUUAAAGCAUUCCAGAUCUAUUCUGGAUCAGGUCAGGCUGGGCCAUGUUGGUUGGAUCGUAUAUCAACUCUACAAGGCAACUUGUACGUCUGCUAGACCCUUUCCAAUUACCACUGAGGUGGCCGGGUAGGUAAGUAAUAGAAGGAAAGGUACUAUACUAAUAGAGAGAGGGACAUUAUCGUCACAAAUUGUAGUCUAAUUUCUCAACAACGGGAAAUCCUAAGUGGCCCCCCCCCCCCAUCCAUCUGACUACCUAAAUGCUGGACUACUACUUUCAGACUGUACCUCAUCCUCAAGUCAAAAUCCACAAAAUCCAACUCCGAAUAAAAUGAAUCAGACAGACAGACAAAGCAAGCAAACGAGCAAACCAAACAA